AUGAACCAAGAGGAGUAUUGUCGUGUGUUGUAUGAUUUUAAGGCUGAUGGUCAUAAUGAGCUCUCAGUCACUAAGGGAGAAGUUGUAAAGUUAAUUAGUGCCCAUGGAGAAUGGAUGAUGGUAGAAAAGGUGAGCAAACCCUUCCAAAAAGGUUUUGUUCCGACUCUAUACAUAACAAUCAUCAAAAAUUCAUCAUACGAUAAUAGUAAGGCCAACAGCCUCACUUCAUCAGUUACAAGUAUUAAUGAACCUGUUAUAAUUCAACAAACACAACAACCACCAGCCAGUGAUGAAAAACGAAAAAACAAACAAUCUUCGAUCAACACAACAAGCAAUAAUUCAUCAAAUAGCACAGGUUCCAAUCCUCUUAACGAGAACACAGUGGCUACCGCAUCUUCAAACAAACAAUUGGAAAAGUUGGAUAGGAUUAACAAUAUUGAAUCUCAAUUAAAGAGCCACCAAUCUCCUUCCAAACAAUCAAAAACGUCCAAUUCUCAAAAAGCCAAUGCAUCUCAGUCAAAACAAAUUGUAACCUCAACUGCACCAGCCCUACCACUUAAUCCACAACAACAAACGCACCCAACAAAUUAUUCUAAUAAUUCAAUUCAAGAUACCCCAACCGUUUCCAAGAAUGCUCCACUAUUCGAUGAACGAGUUAACCAGCUGCCCAAACCAUCAAUUGAAACCCGUAAAUCCACCUCUUCGACUCCAUUAUACUCUAAAAAUUCACAAAAACCAGUCCAAAAACAAUUACUAUCUGGAUUUGUGACAAAAGUGGUAGCUGAAUACGAAGAUUCCGUGACACUUAUGCAAUCUUAUGAAACAAAUGAAAAAAUUUUCAAACAAACACUUGUGCAGAGAGAAGAAGCUUUUAAGAGUAUUGAGCAAAAACUUGACAAGAUAAGUAAGGAGGUUUUGGAUUUUCAAACAACCAAUGAUCAACUCAUAGAUAAAAUAAGAAGAUUGGAGUUGAGAAUUGAAAAUGACAGAUCGAAUUUAAUCAACAACUAUUCCACAGAUGUGAGUGGGAUAACAGAGGCCAGUGAAAGAAAACGAAAUGCUAGUAGAAAUUUCCAAAGUGGUAGUAAAAAUUAA